AUGGAAUCUCUGAAGCUGCCCAUGGGGCAUCGGGAAUGCCUUUGGUCCCCCGUUGCCGACCUGAUCACAGAGGAGGGCUUCAGAACGCUGAAGCCCGGCGAAUCUCCAUUCAUCCUCAAACCCGAGCAUUUGAAGCCCUGGCCCGAAUUUUCGAAGGAAGUAAAAGACCUCCUGGAGCCAUACUGCGGGAAAUACCAGCCCUUUAGACCCAGGGUGCCCGAUGAGGUCUUUGGAACGGCUAAUGAGCUGGGGGUGCAGGGUCGUUUCGUCAAUAACGCUCUGCACCCGGUGGGAGAGAUCUGCAAUCUUCUAAAGUUGGGGGUCAGCUUCGGGGACGCGCAAUGGGGUAGGAAUAGACUUCUGAUUGGGGCGAAGAAGGGGGAGAAGCGGAAGCAAGGAGCGCCAGCGGGAGACAAUCUCGUACCCGAUCUUGUCGUUGUAGAGACCAGGACUCAUGCCAUCAAAGCGGUGGCGGAAGUGAAAACAUUUUGGGCCUUUGCGCCUAAACGAGACCAAUCAUGGCACGCAUUCAUUGUUCAUAAAAUAGGCCAGCUCGCGCGAUAUAUGGACGACCACCAUACUCGUUAUGGGAUCUUCACCGUAUACGAGUAUACGUGGUUUGUGAAGAGGAUUGACAAUCUCCAAUUCGCCAUGUCCCAACCCAUAAGCGCCAGAGCCCAAUCAUCUGCGACAAGCGUCUCGUUGCGAGAGUGCAUCUUUGCGACUGUCCUCAGAGGGCUAGAUGACAAGGAUAAUUUUUUCCCCGUUAGGUACGGCUCGAAGCUGGUAAGCUAUAGCAUUCUCGAAAUUCCUAUCACUAGCUAA